CUCACUAUGACAGGCUUCAACAACAACUUCAUUUCCUCACCAUCCCCAUUAUCUACCUUUAAACUUUGUUGCUCUUCUACUUCUUCUCAACUUCAACUCAACCAAACACCUUUCAAACACAUCCAAAAUUCUGGUGUCAUCGCUUGCCUUCGCGCCAACAGUAAAGAGUUGGCAAUGAAAGCUGCUCGGGUUGCAAUCAGUGGCGGCAUCUCAGUCUUGGAGAUUGUGAUGUCAACCCCAGGUGUGUUUGAGGUUUUACAAAGUCUGGCACAGGAACAUCCUACAAUGACCUUAGGGGUUGGAACUGUUUUAAAUGUCAAGGAUGCUAAAAAUGCAACAAAUGCUGGAGCCAAGUUUGUUAUGAGUCCUUCGACAGUUAAGAGGAUUAUGGAUGAUGUCCAAGGUCGUGAAGUUCUGUACAUACCUGGUGUGAUGACCCCAACAGAGAUAUUGUCAGCACAUGAUGCUGGAGCCAAAAUUGUCAAGGUUUAUCCUGUUUCUGCAUUAGGUCGUACCCGGUAUAUAUCGGCAUUGAAGAAGCCAUUUCCUCACAUCCCAAUGGUUGCAUCUCAAGGCAUAACAAUAGAUUUGAUAGGGGAGUACAUUGCUCAGGGAGCAACAGCAGUUGUGUUGUCAGAUGCCAUUUUUAAUAAAGAAGCAAUGGCUCAAAAUAACUUUGAUGCAAUAUAUCAACUUGCCAGCCUAGCGGCUUCGCAGGCUAAAGAAGCUGUACAAUGGAAGAGAAGAUGGACGGCAGCCUCGCUAGCGUUGUGCUUGGAGGAAUGAGAGUAUGUUGAUAGCACAAAGGGCUAAUUUUUCUUUGGAGGAAGAGAUUUAUGAUAUUCCUAAUCUGGUCAUACACUCAAAUAUGAACUGUGCUUUUAACAUUACAUUAAAUAUUUUAAUGGGAUUUUUUUAGAGUACUACUUUGGUAAUGCUUCAAGACUACUCUUUGAAAUCUUUAGAUGCUCAGAAUCAUUUAAACACAACAUGG